AUGUGUUGUGAAAUUAAUGUGAAUAUAAUUCUCGGCUGCAAUACCCGCUGCAAAUUGAGUCAAUAAAUGAAAAUGAGAUAACUUUAUUACUUGUGCGCAAGAUGAAGCUUGCAAAUCUUUGUAAUAAACUGAGUUGUCGAAGAAUCGAUCAGGUUUUACAACAGACCUUCUCUGAGGAAUUAGGUAAUUGGAAAUAAAAUCGUGGAGCUUUUCUCUGCAAGGGGAUUAUUGGCAAACAGUUCCUCAAAAAGCCAUUGAUAAGGCUAGUCUUCCUUGUGCCGAUGAGUUUGAAACAGAGGACAUCUGAUAUUGAGAUACUAACUUUAGGGACGAUUUCAGCAACUUAGAUAAGCAUGUGAAUGAAAUUCAAUCAAAAUAGCUCGGUUGCCAGCCAUCAGUAUUUAUCCUAUCAAAAAGAGAAAAAUCAAGAGAAGAUAUGGGUCAUGAUUUUUUUAUUUAUGAAGUUGGCUUGUAGUAAUUGAUUUGGCCAAAUGACUUAUUUAAUAUUUUUAACUAUUGAACUGAUAUUAAGGCCCUCUAUACCUGUUUUAGUGAGUGGAUCUUACCAUUGGCAGUUGCAACAGAGGUUGAGUUUUUUGCUUGUAGUGUCUGGUGUGAUUCCUAAUGACUGAAUUUGGUUAAUUGCAUAUUGAUGUUUUGAUGUUUCCAAGAGAUGGGUUAGCUAUUAAGCAUCUAUGACUCAUUACGUACAUUUAACUGCUAAGCAUCUCUGCAUAACAAGCUUCAAGUUAUAGAAGGUAAAUGGGGAGGAGGAAGUGCUGUUUCUCAAGUAAAGUUAUGUCAUGCUCACAUGCCACUACAAAUAUGGAUUUGUAAUAGCAUAAUCUAAGCAUCAACUCUUUUGGUGACCUCUGAGACUCAACCCAGCCCCUAUAUAUCCUUGAAAGAGGAAGAAAAGAUGGGUUGACGCUCGAAAGACUUGUCCACUUAUAGGCCGGCUGCUAAACAUAGAAAGCUACAAUGGGUAUUAGGAGGAGAGAUUAUAGAAUGAUGUAGGGGAAGAUGGACAGUUAAAAGAGGAGUUUGAAGUCCCAUCUGUUGAUUAAACGAGGCGUGAUUUGGUUCCUCUGGGCUCUGGGGUGUUUCUGUUGGUCCUUUUUGCACAGUUGGACCUUCUGCGAAGUUAGGGAAUGGUUGUCAGUUAUACCCGGGGAGCCAUGUCUGUGGACAUACAAAGAUAGGGGAUGGCUGCACUUUGAUGAUGGGCGCUGUAGUUGGUGAUGAUCUUCCUGGUAGUACUGUUAUUGGAAAUAACAAUUUAAUUGGGCAUCAUGUUGUGGUAGGCACUAAAUGUCAAGAUUUGAAAUAUAAGCCAGGGAAUGAAUGUUUCCUUGAGAUUGGGGACAACAAUGAGAUCAGAGAAUAUGUAUCUAUCCAUAGAUCCUCACGCCCAGAUGAAAGAACAAUCAUCGGCUCUAACAAUCUCAUAAUGGGAUCUUGUCACAUUGCACAUGACUGCAAAAUGGGUAACCAUAACAUUUUCGCAAAUAACACUCUGUUGGCAGGCCAUGUAAAUGUGGAGAAUUAUACUCACACAGCAGGGGCCACCGUUAUACAUCAGUUUUGUCAUAUUGGUUCUUUUUCUUUCAUUGGUGGUGGGUCAGUGGUUUCUCAAGAUGUACCCAAAUACACAAUGGUCUCUGGUGAACGAGCUGAGCUGCGUGGAUUAAAUCUCGAAGGCCUAAGGCGCCGUGGGUUUUCAGUUGGGGAGAUAAAGAGCCUGAGAGCAGCUUAUCGCAAAAUAUUUAUGCCUAGUGAAGGAAGUUCUCAUAGCAUUGAAGACCGGCUUGUCGAAUUGGAGAAGGAUGAUGAAUUGGGUCAAGUGGCAGCCGUCUGUUUGAUGGUAGAAUCCAUUCGGGAUUCUUUUGCAGAGGAUCGCCGUGGUAUUUGCAAGUUUAGGUCACGGAUUGGAUCUUAAUAUUGAGUGCCGGAUAUCAUCAAUCGAGCCAUAAUUUUGAAAACCUGAGGCUUUUCUUUGUAUAACAGCAUUUCAGUGUGUAUCAUCAGUCGAGACAUUCAGGAUUUUAGCUUGGGCAAAACUAGUCUGAGCAUGAAAAUUUUGCAUCCACCAAAUGAAUCCCCAACAAACAUAAUGAAAAAGGUUUGUUUUGUAGUUUUGUUGAGUGAUGACUAAAUAUCUUUGCAAUGAAAUCUCGCAUGUUACAAAAAACUUGUUUGUUUGAUCAUUUCAUGGAUUUCUGUUGAUUAAACGUUCACAAAUUGUAUUGAUGAAUUUGGGUGAUGACAUAUUACAAUGUGGGUAUGAUUAGAAAGCUAUCAUGGUAGUGUCUGAAA